AUGGCAUCCUUUCCUGUCACCCACUUCCCCCCGCCCGCGCCCAGUUUACCCACUUCAGCAACCUUUGCAGGCCAAUCCAAGCUCGCAAAGCUCCCCAUCCCACCGCUCGAGGAUACAUGCAACCGCUACCUCCGCGCGCUCUCUGCUCUGCAAGAUCCGCACGAACACGCUCAGACCGCCGAAGCUGUUGAAGAUUUCCUGAAGAACGACGGCCCGAAGAUCCAGGCGAAACUCAUCGAGUGGGCGAAGGAUAAACCGAGCUAUAUCGAGGACUUUUGGUACGAGAGUUAUUUGAGCCAUUCUGACCCGGUGGUGUUGGCUUUGAAUCCGUUCUUCGUCCUCGAAAAUGAUCCAAACCCCGGCGCACAACUCCCCCGUGCCUCUACACUUAUCGUCUCGUCGCUGGGCUUCAUCCAUGAUCUCCGCGCCGGAAUCCUCGAGCCGGAUUCGCUGCGCGGCAAACCGCUCGAUAUGGAUCAAUACACGCGAUUGUUCGGGACGGCGAGAAUCCCUACGCAGAGAGGAUGCAAGAUGAAGACCAGCAUCGAUUCUAGGCACGUAGUUGUCCUCAGACGCGGGCAAUUUUAUUGGUUUGACUGUUUGGACGAGGAUAACCGCCCGCUGUUGACUGAACGCGAGGUGUUACGCAACUUGCAGGCUAUUGUGGGUGAUGCAGACAAGACUGACCGUAUGGAAGUCGCGCGAAACGCCGUCGGCGUCCUCUCCACCGAGAACCGAAAGAUCUGGUCCCAUCUCCGCUCCACGCUCGCGCAAGAUAAGAGCAACGAAUCUUGCUUGGAAAUCAUCGAUAAUGCGUUGUUUGUCGUGUGUUUGGAUGAUGAUCCGACCAUUGGCGAUCACAAAUCCCUCGCCGACCUGUGCUCGAACUUCCUCUGCGGGACUUACAACCUCUACAAAGGCGUGCAAAUCGGCACCUGCACGAACCGGUGGUAUGAUAAGCUGCAAAUCAUCGUCUGCGCGGACGGUUCCGCCGGGAUCAAUUUCGAACAUACAGGUGUUGAUGGCCAUACAGUGCUGAGGUUUGCUGCGGAUGUGUAUACCGAGGGGCUGAUGUUGCUAGCGAGGUCAAUCAACCCGAGCGCGCCGACGCUCUUCCAUGCCCCCCUCUCUCCUUACUCCAAAUCGUACAAGCCGCCCAAAAAUACACCGAAGUCGAUAAACGGAAACACGAAUGGCCACAAACCCAACACCUCUAUCAACGGCACGCCCUUGCACGAGAAGAUCGACACGACGCCGAAGAAGCUCGAGUGGAAGCUGACGCCCGAAGUCAGGGUGGGGAUAAGGUUUGCGGAAACGAGGUUGAGCGAUUUGAUAUGCCAAAAUGAUUGUCAGGCGUUGGAGUUUAAGGGAUAUGGGAAGAACUUUAUUACGAGCCAUGGGUUCAGCCCGGACGCCUUUGUGCAGAUGGCGUUCCAGGCUGCGUGGUUUGGGCUUUACGGGAGAACAGAGUGUACAUACGAACCGGCGAUGACGAAGGCCUUUUUACACGGCCGGACCGAAGCGAUUAGGACGGUGCAGCCCGAAAGCGUCGAAUAUACCAAGGUGUUCUACUCCGAAGCGACGGCUAUGCAGAAGGUCAAGGCUUUGCGGAAGGCAUGUGAGCGCCACGUUAAUUUGACAAGGGAGUGCAGCCAAGGAUUAGGUCAGGACAGGCAUCUAUACGCUCUGUACUGCCUGUUCCAGCGUCUGGUAUCUGGGGAACUUAACCCUGGGCCCGAUGACCCAGCACCCUACGCCGCAGCUCCUCAAGCCCUCCCGCGCAUCUUCACCGACCCGGGCUGGGAGCUCCUCUCCACUUCCAUCAUCUCCACCUCGAACUGCGGCAACCCGGCGCUCCGGCUCUUCGGCUUCGGACCCGUCGCCGCAGACGGGUACGGGCUGGGGUACAUCAUCAAGGAGGACGGAAUCAGCGUGUGUGCGAGCAGCAAGCAUCUGCAGACGAGAAGGUUUUUAGAUGUGCUAGAGGGGUAUUUGAAUGAGGUGAAGGCUGUUAUGGUGGGGGUGUAUCGGGCUGCGAAUCAGAGGCCCGAGCCGUGGGUCGACCAUGCUGGUGUGCUGAGGGAUAGUAAGACCGGGAGGAGGAUCGGGAGCGUUAAUGUCAAUGGCGGAGGGUAUAAGAGUGAUAGUGGGAGUGAGGAGGAGGAAGUUGCGAUACGAAAAGCUGGAUAUUCGUUCUUUGAUAGCGGAGAUGUUGAGUUACUCGGAAGGAGGAAACGGACGCCGUAUGAGAACAUCGGCAAAGUCAUCCCCCUCGCCGAGUACUAG